AUGGAUAUGGGAAAGAAAAUAAAACAACGCCUACCUUCUGGUAUACACUCGCAGCCAUCGCACCUAGANAAAAGCCUAGCCCUUGCUUUGUCGCGGCGUCGACAAGCUUCAACACUUCGCAACUUGACUCUCCCUACUGCCAAUGCCAUCGACUUCAGCUCAAACGAUUUUCUCUCUUUGUCAACCUCUUCUACUCUCCGGGAACUCUAUCUUGGCGAACUAGCCGCUCGCCCCGACUUCCCUCUAGGUAGUGGCGGCUCAAGACUUCUCGAUGGCAACAGCAAAUAUGCGGAAGCAUUGGAGAAAGAUAUUGCAGCUUUCCACGGUGCAGAGGACGGUUUACUAUGCAACUCUGGCUUUGAUGCCAAUGCAGGUUUAUUCUCGGUUCUACCGCAACCUGGAGACAUUGUGGUGUAUGACAGCUACAUCCACGCAAGUGUGCACGAUGGCAUGAGAGCAAGUCGUGCUGGGGCAAACUUUGCUUUCAUGCACAACUCUAUCAAGGAUUUGCGAGCUGUGUUGGAGAGGUGUAUCAACUCUGAUGAGAAGUUCAGAUCUGGUCGACGAAGCAUUUUCAUUGCUGUCGAGGCAAUCUACAGCAUGGAUGGCGAUGUCGCACCACUAAGGGAGAUCGUUGAGUCAGUGACCGAGUUGCUGCCCAACGGUAAUGGACAUAUCAUCGUGGACGAGGCACACUCUACAGGUGUUCUGGGUCCACAAGGGAGAGGCUUGGUCUCAGCGCUUGGGCUAGAGGACAAGAUCACCAUUCGUUUGCAUACUUUCGGCAAGGCAAUGGCUUGUAAUGGUGGUAAGUCUUUCCCUGAUCGGUUGCACGUAUUGCUGCCAUGUCUGACAAACGAAUAUNNAGCUAUCAUACUCUGCAGUCCGUUGAUCAAGCAUUACCUGGUCAACUACGCACGACCACUGAUCUACACGACCUUCUUGUCUUUCCCAGCGCUUGCUGCUGUCAGAGCUGCAUACACGUUCCUGUGGAACAACAACAGUACUGCACUUGCUACACAUCUCUUCGACCUGAUCAGCCUGUUACACGAAAGACUGUUUGCUCUCACCUCGAGUCUACCAUCAUAUCAACGUCACCUUCUCCAAGUUCUUGAAGAGUGCCCACCAUCACCAAUAUUCUCGGUGCUUAGUUCAGACCCUCGUGGUCUGGCCAAAUUCUGCCAGGAGAAGAACUUCUUGGUUAGACCUAUCGUACCGCCAACUGUCCCGCUAGGCUCCGAACGAAUUCGCGUAUGCUUACAUGCUGGUAAUACGAGGGCGGAAGUCGAGGCGUUGGUAGCAAGGAUCACCACAUGGGUAGAACAGAAGACGAGGUCGCCACUAGCGAAGUUGUAG